GUGGAAAACUCCCACUACCAUUUCCAACUAACCGCCUCCCUGCAUCACCAAUUCACCAUCAGCUUUCUUCAUCUUCAUCAUCUUCUUUUUCUUCUCCUCCUCCUGUUCCUAUCCUCCUUCAGCUCUUAGUUACCUGCAGAUACAAGUCUUCAUAGUAGAUUCAAAGUCAACACCCUCUCUUCUCUCUUUUUGCCUGUGUCGAUGCUUAGCCCAGUGCCACCAGUUUAAUUCAGCUGCAGAGCUUCUGUCGCUCUCCUCCAGCAUGUUCGAUAUCCUGUUUGGAUGGAGAAAAGCUUCUAAAUGCAAGAAGCUGAUCAGGCGCGUUCAGUGCCGGCUUAAAUUGCUGAAGAAAAAAAGAAGCUCAAUCGUGAGGCAAUUGCGCGACGACAUGGGUCAGCUCAUCAAAACUGGUCAUGAACAACUUGCCUUCAAUCGGGUUGAACAGCUGAUUAAGGAUGAAAGCAUAAUGGCAGCGUACGAGUUAUUGGAUAGUUUCUGUGAAUUCAUUAUUUUGUACUUUCCCUAUAUCCGCAAAAACAAGGACUGUCCUAAUGAUAUUAAUGAAGCGGUUUCAAGUCUUAUAUUUGCCUCGGCAAGGUGUGGGGAUCUACCUGAGCUUCAAUCCAUUCGGAAGCUAUUCAGAGAGCGUUAUGGUCAUAGAUUUGCAAUGGCUGCUGUGGAAUUGUUGCCUGGGAAUCUUGUGAAUCGUCAGGUAAAAGAGAAACUGUCCAUGAAUUCAGUACCAGAAGAUCUGAAAUACAGAUUGAUGGGUGAAAUAGCUAGAGACUGCCACGAAUCUCAAAUUUUGGCACUUGAAUACAGUUCUGAACUGCAGCAACAGCAGCAGCAGCAGCAGCAGGAGUUAAAGGUAAAAGAAGAAGCUGAAGAGAAAGUACUGGACAGAAACGUUCAAAUUCAUUAUCACAGAACAGUAAGUUCUCAGAUGCAGUAUCCUGCUCCUCGUAUAGAAGAAACAGAACAAGAGGCAAUAUAUGUUGAUAUAUCAGUAAAUAGAAGGAAAUUUCCAUCAGAGCCAUGUCGCUCUCCCCGAGUCUCUGGCAUUACCUCCAACAGUUCUAUUCUUCUGCAGGCUUCCCCGAAUAUGGAAGGGUCCCCAGGGGAGAAUGCGGAAAAGAAAGAAGAGAACCUUACCCGACUGAAUUCUCCAAAUGCAUUUGCACCUUACGGUGUGGAUGCAGAAAGUAAGAACAGUGGCGUAGUUUAUAACCAUCAUUUAGAACAUAAGCAUGUGAGAACAGCUGCAGGAUAUGCUUCAGAAAGCUCUCCUCAGUUUCCCGUUCCAGUGGUUUAUCUUGAUGACAUAGAGGAGUUUCAGUCUCCCAUGACCGAGGAUAGGUACAGCCAUGACCGAAGACUAUUUAUGUUCAAAUCAUUGGGCAUGCCUAAGAGGGAGAAAUUUGAAAAUUGUUGCCAUGAAACUCCCAUGGACCAAUACGAAUCAUGGAACGAAAGUGUCUCUUCAAAGAACUGUAGAAAGAGUCAGGGGGGCAGGAAGAGACCAAGGAGGCGAUCAGUGUCUUGGGUGAACCCAACCAUGAAGGAUGUUGAGUUCGCAAUUUAUUAUGGUGAGACUCGCAGGAACUCUUCUAGUCACAACCACAGAUCCCAUCACCGGAGAAAGCAUCCGAUUCAAAACAAGAUCUCAAUGGCAGAAAGUCAGCAAUUCCAUUAUGCCCAAAAGAGACUCAGUCAUCCUUGCUGUAUAAAAUGGGGAAGCAACUUCGGCAGAAGAUCAUGCUGCAGCUGCUGUGCCAGCAAUGAAAAGGUCAUCCACUGCAGCUUGGAAGAUCCAUGUUAUUUUUGUCCUGGUGAUGACAAAGAUCAAUUUGAAACACCACCUUGGAAGCAAAGGUCAAGGCUGAAAAAUUUGGGGGCUUUUCCAACUUAUGAUCUCAGAAGAAGAAAUCAGGAAGAGGAUGUUUUUCAUAAUGGGAAACCAUAUAACUUGGAAAAGAAAUGGGCUUCGCUGCCCCCCACACCCAUACAUAACCAAGCAACUGAUGCAGUUGUGCACAACUCCGUGACCUCUCCGGAUCUCUGGGUAGGUAAAAAAAGCAACGGAGCAGAGGGAGAAUUGAAGACUUUAAAUUAUUUAGGCAGCUGUGCUUCUUCCAGUAGUUCCUUCUCAAGGGGGAAUGAUCCUGGGACAAGAAAGGAGAGACGCCCCUCUUACUUGAGGGCUGUGACCAUGCCAUCUGAGCGGCCUAAAGAUCGUCCCACUGACAACAUUCUGCGCUCCAGUUCAUUCCCAUUUCAACAUCUCAAUCCGUCCCCCGGGCAUGUCCACCCAAAGCUGCCAGAUUAUGAGGAGUUAGAAGCCAAGUUCACGGCCCUUAGGAAAGAAUAUCUGCAGAAUAAGCACCAUUGAAGCUUUCUGCUCUGGAUUUUUAUGGUACUCCAUCCUCUUUAAGGAUUUUGUGAUGUUUUUGUGUUUUGACAGCUACCUCAUAUAAGUAUCUCUCUGUAAUACUCUGCAUUCUAUUCCUACAUAAUUAAUUAGAAUGAUAUUUUUUAUAUUGA